AUCGACGUUAUCGACAUAUACACACUUGUUACUAGCACUUAUAUUCACAGUGCACCCACCAUUGAAACCCCUACAGAAGCCCUGAUCUUAAAUGGUUAUCUGGGUGCUACUCCUCAUUCUCCAACCAUCGCCAUCUCCUUGCCAACACUUGAGCUUUACAGGCGCCUGCGUCUUCGCAAACCUUCACUCAGCGUCAAGGCAUUCACUAAGGUCCUUUGCGACCUCUAUCACUGGCCUUAUCGCCGGAGAUAUUGUACUGCGCUUGCCAGUGCUUUCGACGUCUAUCUUGCAAUUCACCGCAAUAUUGAUGCUCAGGUUUCGAAGACCCUUGGAUGUGAUUCUGAAAACUGGCGAGUGCUCAAUGCAUGUCCGCCAUGCACAUAUGAGCUGAAGGAUGAGCCGGAACUUAUCUUCCGACGAAUGAUAGUAUUUGAUGGGAACAACUCGCUGUCACGUAUGGCACCACUGGGAGGCCGCCAAAUUGGCGAUACACGUUUAUUCAAGAGCGACUGCUACCUCGAGCCUGACUACAUCAACACAUUUGCAUCACAAUCGAAUACGCUACCAUUGGAUGAUGCGAACGUCGACCCCACUUCUCAAACACACACUGGGGAGGACCCUGGACCUUUGAACAUGUCACUAGCUACGUCCGCAUGCACGGAUAACUGGAAAGCUGCUGCAGCAGAUGCAAAGAAGAAGUUGUGGGGAAUAUUUGAAGAGACGGGAAUCUUUGCAAGCGCUUGUCGUCACGGUCUCAUACUUUGGAUUGGUGAUAUGGUUCGUAGUGGGGAGCUUUUCAAGUACCCCCUUGCCAUCAUUAGCAAAGCUCUCGAGACUCUCGGAUCACAUCUUCUGGUUGGAUACGAUGUUGGCUGCAAGCUUGCUAUCACUAUUGCCUCUAGCUUGCUAGCGCAGAGGUUCAACGAUGCGGAAUAUUGUAUGUGUGUUGAUGCAUUCCAUGGGUAUACCCACAGUUAUCUCUGCCAAGACAAGAACCACCCAAACAUCAUCAAGGGCAUGGGAAUCGAAGAUCUUGCUACAAUGGAGCGUAUUUUUAGCUCGUCCAAUCAACUCGCUGCUGCACCAUACUCAUGCUCUGAAUGUUACAGGUCAAUGGCCAUUGCACAGGUCAACGGCCUUGAAAUCCGGAAGUUCCAGAAAUUCAAGACGCUAAUCGAAGCUCUCCGCUUCAUGAUAUUCAAGGGCAAUAUUCCUAACGAUGAGUCUCAGCUGACUUCAACUGGUUUGACUUGCGAUACCAAGUCCUUUGUGAUGAUACAUCAAUCAUCCACUUCUCAAAGGCAGCGCAGGGUACCUCAACCUGCAGGUAUGUUCGUUUUUCAUUCUUCUUACUUCCUCUGA